UCUUUGUUUCCCUUCUCUCUCUCUCCCUCUCUCUAUCUCUCUCUCUCGCGUGCAACUUCCGAACAUUGAAAAAGGAAAAAUAUUUGGUAGCAAGAGAGAGAUAUAAAGCUCUCCUUCUCAGAAAAUACACACAGCAUCAAGAAAAUAGAGCAGAAGAACAAAAACGAAAAACCCACAAAACAAAGUAGACAAAAAAAAAAAAAAAAGAACAAAAAAAAGAAGUAUCAAAUCUAUUAUAUUUUGAGUUCUAUUCAUAUCUUACACAGAGAGAUCUUGUCCCUCUACAAUGCCUUCUUUGUUGUAGCGGACAAGGUAAUCUCCACUUCACAGAUUUCGUAUCACUUAAUUUGUUUUGGGUAUUUCUUCUUUUGUUUAAUAACAAAGAAAUUUUCUUUUUCUUGAUUUUUUUCUUCCUAUUUACGCUUUCAAUCCAGCUUCUUUAUCGCUUUUGAUUGAUACCCAUUAAUACUUAGGAACUUGACAAAAGGUGUUACUCUUAUGUUCUCUUUAUUCCGUUCUCUUUGUUCUUCAAGUUUCCAAGAGUUAUACUUUUUUUCUGGGUUUCUUUGAACAAUUUGUGUUCUUUGUGGGAACUGAAUUUUAAUGGGUUUUUGUUUUGUUGGAGGCUGGAUAUUUGCUUAGCGAGUUUGGUAUAUUUUUUUAGGGUUUUGCCUGAUCGUAAUUGGGAACUCAUUGAAUUUCGUGAUUUAUGAACUACUUAGGGUUUUGAUUCGGAGGAGCUAAGCUAAGUGAAGAAUGAGCCAUCUUUCAAGGAAUUGGAGCUCUGGGUUGGUCAGUUUACAAGUUGUGUUAUUGAACUGUGAGAUUAAAUCGAGUAACUAUUAAACAUUGUUAGUGUUGGGCAUGGAAGAGGAUUGCAUAUACAUGAUUGUGGGACAGUAAACAAGAAUUGGGUAUUCUGUUUCUUUCUGAACGGCAAGGGUUUCCGAGUUUUGGCUGAUUUUUUGUCUUCCGAUCUUCAACUGGGGAAUGAUUUGGGUAUUGGGUUUUGGUUAUAAGGAAAGGGAGGUGAUGCUUCUUUAUUGGCCCAGGAGGCAACAUAGAAGAUCAGAUUGUACUGGACUGUUUUCAUUUCUCAAGAAACAUUUUGGUUUGACGUAGUUUGAGCUUUGGGCUAAGUUUUUGACCAGGAGGAACCUUUCUGAAGUUACUUUUGCAGUUGGGCUUUUCUUGAACUCUUGCAGUAUAGUGCAGUGUAAUAUUUCAAUAGGUUUGAUUUAGUGGAAAUAGUGUGACUGAGAAGCUCAUGGAGAAGUGUUGAAGCUGGAAAUGAAUGCGGGGAUAUGGUGCAUGGAAGGGAGAAUAGUUACUGGUCCGUUCCCUUUUUGGAACAGUGCUACUGGAAAAUAAUCCAACCAUUUUCUUUCAUUGGAGGUGCCCACGUUUUGUUUUCUGAAAUUCUAUGCAAUGUCGCGUUGCUUUCCAUUUCCACCACCAGGAUAUGAAAAAAAGACUAGGACAGAUGAUGUGGACUUACUAAAAAAGGAGAAGAACCGAGAGAAGAAGCAAAAGAAGGAGAAGAAAAACAGGGAAAAGAAAGAAGGUAAAGAUAGAGAAAAAAAGGAGAAAGACAGAAGUGAUGGAAAGCAUCGGGAUAAGAAAGAGAAAAAGGAAAAGCAGAGAGACAAAAAGGAGGAUAGGGAUACAGAUAAAGACAAAAUUAUUGCGUCAAAUGAGAAGAGACUUCCAGGUCAAUCUGAGAGUAAUAAUGGAGAUAAAGUUUCAGAUGAGAAGAGACUUCCCGCGAAAUUUGAAAUUAAUAGUGGAGAGAUAUUCAUCCAAAAAGGUAAUGGAAGGGACUUGGGUAGAAGCAGUAUCUCAGGUGAGAAGAAAUUUGCUGGACAAUUUUCGGGUUACAAUGAGAGGGUAUCUCAGAAUGCCCGUCCCAGUGUGCAACCAAAGGAGUUGAAAUUUGUGCAGGAGGUGGAUAAGCGGAUCAGAGAUGAAGCCAAAGGAACUGGGAAGCAGAUGGUGGAGAAGUUCACUGGCGCAGAUGCAAGAAAGGAUGAGGGAAUGUUCAGGUUGGUGGCCAAGGCUACUGGUACUUCAGUGGAUGUCAAGGAAAAGAACAAGAUAGGUGAUGAUAGAAAAUUGGGUGCGCAAGGAAUAAGGGAAGUGUCAAGGUUUACUGGGAAUGCUAUGGCUCAGAGUCUUCCCGGAAUGGUUCAACCUAGAAUCGAUAAAACACCAAGAUCACUGGAGAAUGAUGUUGAGAAGAGGGUUGAAGGGAAAGAAAAGAGCAGACAGAAGGAAGGUGAUGAUAGGCAUGGGGAUAAACGGAGGGAUAAAAUUAAGGAGAAAGAUGGCCUAGGGAAGGACAAAAACAGGGACAAAGAAAGGAAAAAGGAGGAGAAAUUAAAGGGGAAAAGUGAAUAUAAGAACAUGGGGCCAGAUAAGUUGAAAGAGAGCAACAAGGAUGGCCCUACAGGUAUCCAUAAUGCAAAAACCUCUCAUCUGCCCAGGGAGAGCAGUGCUGUCACUGAAGGAAAUCUAAAGAAACGGAAAGACUUGGACACAAAUGGAUUCAUUAGUGCUAAUGACAUUAGACCCAAUAAGGUGUCAAGACUUACUCCCUCUCAUCCAUCAACAGAAAAUGGAAGGAUUUCGGGAACUUUGCAAACUUCCAGUCCGUUGAUAUCUGGUAGACAGGGGCCUCUCAAUAAUCUCAAGGCAGAUGCUAAGGAACUAAAAAAAAAUGGUAUAAUUGAACCUCAGGCAUUAUCUGUCUCAACAACUCAGCCACUGCCCCUUUCUACAACAAAGUCUUUGCCCACAACCACACAGGCUGAUAAAAAAGCUGAACCGCCGAAAAGACCACCUCAUCCUGAUUUGAAGUAUCUAAGUCAAGUUCUUACGGUGCCCAAAAUGGAAGAAUGGUCUGAUUUUGAUGACCAAGAAUGGCUUUUCCUAGGAAGUGAUUCUCAAUUAAAGAAGCCCAAGUUGGGUUCUUUAAGAGUUGAUGAGACACCGCAGGUGUGGUCAGAAGCUCUGCAGAUAGAUUCAGUAGACGUCUGCGCUUUGCCAUACGUGAUUCCUUACUAAUUGGUUGUGAUGUUGGCCUUGGUUAACCAUCUUGCUUCAUCUGAUGUGGUGGACGAUCCAACGGACCACAAAUGGGGUUUAGAAAUAGAAGCAUUUGGCCCUUGUAUCAAUUAUUUGAUUCUGAUGCUGCAUUCUAGAUUACUGCCGUCCAGUGUACAUUCUUCCCAUUGCCAAUUUUGGAACAGUGCUGAAUGGAAAUAACCUAUAUAACGCAGUAUUGCAUGCUCCGGCACAUCCCAUGAAAAGCUGUGAUUGGAGGGGCAGGAUUUUAACAAUGCAUAUGGUACCACUAAUUCAUUCAAAAUGGAGAAUUUCAUAAAGGCAACUAGAGUGGGGUUGCUUGGAAAAGGGUGAGUAUAAGCUUGUGCAAUUUUUAUUUUAUUUGCUUAAAGCUAAGCUCUUUCUAAUUGAGAAUGUAAGAGAAACUAGCUGUGGUCUCUGCAACUCCACCACAAUUUUGUUUUGUAACAUAGAGCUCUUAUUUACAAGAAAUGUAAGAUAGAGGGAAAAGAAAAGUAGUAGCAUUCAUUUAUUCACCUCUUCUGUAACUGUUACUUGUUCAUAUCUUUUCUUGUUUCUUGUUACCACUUUGUGUUGUGUAUAGACAUGUGAUCUCUGUUUAGUUAUUUCUCUCUCGACUUGUUUUUA